AUGUCGAGAAGAACUCAGCCUAAGUGGUCCCCACCGGCUAAAGAAUUGCACAGACCUGCUCUAAAACUUUAUAACAGUUUGACUCGACAAAAGGAAGAAUUUGUGUGUGCAAAUGGUAAUCGCAUCAAAUGGUAUAGUUGUGGCCCGACCGUUUAUGAUGCUUCCCACAUGGGACAUGCUAGAUCAUACAUAUCAUUUGAUAUAUUGAGACGGAUAAUGUCUAACUACUUUGGCUAUGAUAUUCUGUACGUCAUGAACAUCACAGAUAUUGAUGACAAAAUUAUAAAAAGGGCAAGACAACAUCAUUUAUUUGAGAAAUACAUAAAUGAAAAGAAAAGUCUGAAUGAUAUCAUUGAUGAUGCAACAACAGUUGUGAAUUAUUAUGAAGGUGUAUUAAAAGACACAGCUGACCCAGAUAAAAAGAAUGCUAUGCAAAAAACAUUAGACUGUAUUGCUGCAGCAGUUAAGACAACAAAAUUAGCAGUUGAGCUAGAUGAUGCAGAGAAGAUAGAAAAAGCAAAAAAUGACCUAAUACAAUCAGCAAAGGGUCCAAUAUCAGAGUGGCUAGAUAGCAAACUAGGUGCAACUGUCACUGAUAAUGCCAUAUUCACCGCACUGCCCAGGUAUUGGGAAAAUGAGUUCCAUAAAGAUAUGAAAGCCCUUAAUGUUAUGCCCCCCGAUGUGCUUACAAGAGUAAGUGAAUAUGUGAAACAGAUUAUUAAGUUCAUAGAGAAGAUUAUAGACAAUGGUCUUGCAUAUGAGUCAAAUGGCUCAGUGUACUUCAGUGUCAGUGAAUUUGACAGCAAAGAUAAGCAUUAUUAUGCUAGAUUGGUGCCUGAAGCUUAUGGAGAUACAAAAUCAUUACAAGAGGGUGAAGGUGAUCUCUCUGACGAUACAAGCGAAAAACGUUCAGCAAACGACUUCGCCUUAUGGAAACGCAGUAAGACUGGUGAACCAUCGUGGGAUUCCCCGUGGGGAGCUGGCCGGCCCGGCUGGCAUAUCGAGUGUUCUGCCAUGGCAUCCGAUGUGUUUGGCAGCAAGUUAGACAUACAUACUGGUGGAGUUGAUCUUAAGUUUCCCCAUCACGAUAAUGAACUGGCACAGAGUGAAGCACACUUCAAUGAACCUGGAUGGGUAAACUACUUUCUCCACACAGGUCAUUUGACCAUCGCAGGAUGCAAGAUGUCUAAGAGCUUAAAGAAUUUUGUCACGAUAUCAGAGGCAUUACGUCGUCACACCGCAAGACAGCUGCGUAUUGGAUUCCUGAUGCACGGGUGGAAGGAAACACUGGACUACUCUGAUAACACUAUGGAUAUGGCGAUACAGACAGAAAAGUUGUUUAAUGAGUUCUUCCUGACGGUGAAAGAUGCAUUACGCAGCGGAUACAAUGAGGGUUGCGGCGGUGAGUGGGGCCCUGAAGAACAGCAGAUGUCGGCAAAACUCAGCGCAGCGAAGGAACAAGUACACGCUGCACUUUGCGAUAACAUAGACACCCGGGGCGCACUGGACGCUCUACGUGAGCUCGUAGGUGCAUCGCACAUAUACCUGCGGCAGACCAAACCGAGGAAUGCGCCACUGUUGGCGGCUGCCGCUCGCUACGUGACGGACAUUCUGCACGUGUUUGGAGCCGUGGAAGGACCGCGCGGAGGCAUCGGCUUCCCUGUGGGAGACGCUAGUGACGUUUCUGUGGAGGAGACGGUGAUGCCGUACCUGGAGGCGCUGAGCUCGUUCCGCGCGCGCGUGCGCGAGGCGGCGCGCGAGGCCCGCGCCGGCGCCGUGCUGGCGCUCUGCGACGCGCUGCGCGACCACGACCUGCCCGAGCUGGGCGUGCGCCUCGAGGACAAACCUGAUCGUACAGUAGUAAAGUUAGUAAGUAAAGAAGAAAUAAUGAAAGAAAGAGAAGAGAAGCAACGGUUAGAGGCAGAGAAGCAGAGGAAAAAACAAGAAUUGCUUGAGGCGCAGCGCGCGAAGGAGGAACAGAAGAAAAUACCGCCUGGAGAAAUGUUCAAACGAGAGACGGACAAAUAUUCAAAGUUUGAUGAUAAGGGUCUACCGACACACGACCACGAAGGUAAAGAACUCAGCAAAGGUUUGUUAAAGAAAUUGCAGAAACUUCAACAAGCACAAGAGAAGAAAUAUAAUGAGUACCUGUCUUCAAUCAAGUCUGGUUGCUGA